UUGCGGAGGGGCGGGGCGUGCGGAGGCCGGGACUGCGCCCCCGGCAGGCAGUGAGGCCGGCUGAGCGCGGAGCAGCGCAGUGCCCCCCGCGCCCCGCUCCGGCAGCCCCACGCCCGCGCCCGCCAUGCCUGAGCAGUUCAGCGUCGCCGAGUUCCUGGCCGUCACCGCGGAAGACCUCAGCUCCCCGGAUGGGGCGGCUGCCUUCGCCGCCAAGAUGCCCCGGUGCCGGGGGGCGGCGCUGGCGCGGGAGGAGAUCUUGGAAGGAGACCAAGCCAUCCUGCAGAGAAUAAAGAAGGCUGUGCGGGCAAUCCACAGCUCCGGCCUUGGCCAUGUGGAGAAUGAAGAGCAGUACCGAGAGGCCGUGGAAUCCUUAGGCAACAGCCACCUGUCCCAGAACAGCCAUGAGCUGUCCACAGGCUUCUUGAACUUGGCCGUGUUCACCCGCGAGGUUGCCGCACUCUUCAAGAACCUGAUUCAGAACCUGAACAACAUUGUCUCUUUCCCCCUGGACAGUCUGAUGAAGGGACAGCUGAGGGACGGUCGACAGGAUUCCAAAAAGCAGCUGGAGAAGGCAUGGAAGGACUAUGAAGCCAAAAUGGCCAAGCUGGAGAAGGAGCGCGAUCGGGCUAGGGUGACAGGAGGGAUCCCUGGGGAGGUGGCCCAGGACACGCAGAGAGAGCGGCGCAUCUUCCAGCUGCACAUGUGUGAGUAUCUGCUCAAAGCUGGGGAGAGCCAGAUGAAGCAAGGUCCCGACUUCCUUCAGAGCCUCAUCAAAUUCUUCCACGCCCAGCACAACUUUUUCCAAGAUGGCUGGAAGGCUGCCCAGAGCCUGUUCCCCUUCAUCGAGAAGCUGGCGGCCUCAGUACAUGCACUCCAUCAAGCCCAGGAGGAGGAACUACAGAAGCUAACCCAACUCCGGGACUCCCUCCGAGGGACACUGCAGCUUGAGAGCAGAGAGGGACAGGAACACCUGAGCCGGAAGAAUUCAGGAUGUGGCUACAGUAUCCACCAGCACCAAGGCAACAAACAGUUUGGGACGGAGAAAGUGGGCUUUCUAUACAAGAAAAGCGACGGAAUUCGAAGAGUCUGGCAGAAAAGGAAGUGUGGAGUCAAGUAUGGCUGCCUGACCAUCUCACACAGCACGAUAAACCGGCCCCCAGUGAAGCUGACCCUGCUGACGUGCCAAGUGAGGCCAAACCCCGAGGAGAAAAAGUGCUUCGACCUGGUGACCCACAACCGGACCUACCACUUCCAGGCAGAGGACGAGCACGAGUGUGAGGCGUGGGUGUCAGUGCUGCAGAACAGCAAGGACGAAGCCCUGAGCAGCGCCUUCCUUGGGGAGCCCAGCGGUGGCCCGGGGUCCUGGGGGGCCGCCGGGCAUGACGGGGAGCCCCAUGACCUCACAAAGCUGCUCAUCGCGGAGGUGAAGAGCAGGCCUGGGAAUAGCCAGUGCUGCGACUGCGGAGCUGCAGACCCCACGUGGCUCAGCACCAACCUGGGCGUGCUCACCUGCAUCCAGUGCUCGGGAGUCCACCGCGAACUGGGCGUGCGCUUCUCGCGCAUGCAGUCACUCACCUUGGACCUGCUGGGCCCCUCCGAGUUGUUGCUGGCCUUGAACAUGGGAAACGCGAGCUUCAAUGAGGUCAUGGAGGCCCAGCUACCCUCACAUGGCGGCCCUAAACCCUCACCUGAAAGUGACAUGGGCACCCGCAGGGACUACAUCGUGGCCAAGUAUGUGGAGCACAGGUUUGCACGCCGGUGCACACCUGAGCCUCGGAGACUCUGGACAGCCAUUUGCAACAGGGACCUCCUGUCGGUACUGGAGGCCUUUGCCAAUGGGCAAGACUUUGGACAGCCGCUGCCAGGGCCUGAUGCACAGGCACCUGAAGAGCUUGCCCUACACUUGGCUAUCAAAGUUGCCAGCCAGGCCUCUCUGCCUCUGGUGGAUUUUAUCAUCCAGAAUGGUGGUCACCUGGAUGCCAAGGCUGCUGAUGGGAACACGGCUCUGCACUACGCAGCACUCUACAACCAGCCCGACUGCCUCAAGCUGCUGCUGAAGGGGAGAGCUUUGGUUGGCACAGUAAACGAAGCAGGCGAGACAGCUCUGGACAUAGCCAGGAAGAAGCACCACAAGGAGUGUGAGGAGCUGCUGGAGCAGGCUCAGGCGGGGACCCUUGCCUUCCCUCUACAUGUGGACUACUCCUGGGUAAUUUCUACAGAGCCUGGCUUUGACAGUGAGGAGGAUGAGGAAGAGAAGCGCUGCUUGCUGAAGCUCCCGGUCCAGGCCCACUGGGCCAGUGGGAGGCUGGACAUCAGCAACAAGACCUAUGAGACUGUCACCAGCCUGGGAGCAGCCACCCCUCAGGGCGAGAGUGAGGACUGUCCCCCACCCUUGCCAGUCAAAAACUCUUCUCGGACCGUGGUCCAAGGGUGUGCAAGACGUGCCAGUGGAGAUCAUUCUGAAGUCUCCAGCCUGAGUUCAGAGGCCCCUGAGACCCCUGAGAGCCUGGGCAGUCCAGCCUCCUCCUCCAGCCUCAUGAGCCCCGUGGAACCUGGGGGUCCCAGCCAAGCCCCACCCAACUCUGAAGAGGGCCUCCGAGAACCCCCAGGCACCUCCAGACCGAGCCUGACAUCCGGGACCACCGCUUUGGAGAUGUACCUCCCCGUCAGGUUCAGCUCUGAGAGCACUCGCUCCUAUCGGCGGGGGGCGCGGAGCCCGGAAGAUGGUCCCUCAGCCAGGCAGCCUCUGCCCAGAAGGAACAUGCCGGUAGGAACUCUGGGACCAUGGUUCGAGGGGCAGUGGCAGGGUGCCUGAGAGGCAGAGUUAGUCAAGAGUUGGCGUCACUGAAGGAGAUGGUUCAAGGACUGGGAGUCUCCCAGCAAGUUCUGUGCAACUUUUGCAAGACUAGCUCCUUGCUGGCCCCCUCAUGUCCCAUUCUGGGCCCCAACGUUCAGCGCUCACAAAACUGGGGAGCUGAGAUGUUUGUUCUCUUGGAUCUCACUCUCUCUGUCACUUGUACCUCUGUGACUGGCCUUCUUCCUGCCAUGGGCCAUGUCCCUACCAAGGACACAUGGCCUUUCCCUGUUAGGGCUGAUAGCAGUUCUUUUCUAUCUCAUUACCCGCUAGGGGCCUGGGAGCCCUGUGGCUGGAUCUGAGUGCUCCUGAGCUGGCUUCAGUUGCAGAACUCUCAGUCCCUCAUCAGAUCGAGACUCUAUUUCCCCCAUCUGUCUGGGGGCUUCACAAGGGCAGGAGAGCCCUCCAUCACUGACUUCCAAAUCAGGGACCCUGCCAAGUAGGGACUGUCUUCUCAGCCAGCCAUUUAUUAGUCUAGUAUUCCUUUACUAAAUUCCAGCUCUAUGUCUGGACCUGUGUUAGUCACUUCAGAUGCCGCACGAGUAAGACAGGGGCCCUGCAGGGGUGGUCCUUUGGUGGAAAGCUGUUCUUAAGGGUUGGGCUUGGGAAUAGGCAGGGUCAGAUUCCAGGGCAUGACUCUGGACUCAGCGGGUUUAUACCUGUGUGACCAUUGCAGUUGUCUAUAGACCACAUCCAUUCUGGCUGGUCAACAUGCAUGCUAUACUGGCUGUUAAAUAAAAAUAUUAUGAAUGUCACCCCUUUUGAGGGACAGCACAGCCUUCCCUAGGCACUCUCCUAUAUUCCCCAGCCAAGUAGUAGAGUCGAAUGCACCCACAUUUGCCUGUGUCCUUGAUUUAGCAGGAAGGAAAGAAAUGGUCUGGGUUGAUGGAUGCCCACUUCUCUUUCUCUUGGUCAACUCAGGAGCCUUUUAGUCUGAGGGAAUGGAGAGGCAAAGAAAUAAGGGAGAGUAAUAGAAAUGGGAGGGCAGAGACUUAAGGGUUCUGCUUCGCAGCACUAGAAAUUCUAUCAUUGCUCAGCCCCAAUGAGAAAGCAGAUACACCUAAGCCAUCAUCAGCUGCUAACAUCUCAACUUGCCAGUUGCUGGGUGCUGCGCCCUGGCAGGAACGGGCCAAGCCAAGCAGGGGAGACCAGAGAGCACCAAUGGCCAACACUGCUGCCUGACUGUGGAGGCUGUGCUGUUUCCCCUGGAGACCUGACCAGUCUGUGGUUCCCACAGAAACAGGGUUGUCUUUUGAGCCCCCAGUGUCUGGUUUCAUUCAUCUCAGAUUUGUUAUUUCACUCAUCUCUAAUAAAGGAUUGGGGGGUCAGUU